AUCAAUAAUAGCCUAUCUUUUCUUUACAAUUUCUCUUCUUCAUCUUCCAAUAAGAGAGAGUAAAAGAGAAUCAAAACAUGGCUAAUCUUCUUCUAAUGAUCACUCUAAUCACCGUUUUGGUUUAUUUACUUCCGAGCUUUGCUAAAUCGUCAGAAAGCACUAAAGUUAUUACUCUACCUAAGUCCCUAAACCUCCUCACCGAUCCUUCCACCAUCUCCACCGCCUCUCACGAUUACGGAAACGUCACCACCGUGACACCCGGCGGCAUCCUCUGCCCUUCCUCCUCCGCCGAGAUAUCCCGUCUCCUACGCUACGCCGCCAACGGAGAGACUAUAUUCCAAGUGGUGGCUCGCGGCCAAGGCCACUCCUUAAACGGAUCAGGUGGAGUGGUUAUCAACAUGACGUGUCCCGCUGACAUAACUGUUUCAGAAGACAAAGAGUAUGUUGACGUGGCGGGCGGGACGUUAUGGGUGGAUGUGCUUAGAGAGACGGCGGAGAAAGGCGUUUCGCCGGUUUCUUGGACGGAUUAUUUGCAUAUUAGCGUCGGAGGAACGCUGUCUAAUGCUGGAAUCGGCGGUCAAGUGUUUAGAAACGGUCCUCAAAUUAGUAACGUCCUUGAGUUGGACGUUAUAAUUGGAAAAGGUGAAACGUUAGCAUGCUCGCCACAGUUAAAUCCAGAAUUAUUCUAUGGAGUAUUAGGAGGUUUGGGUCAAUUUGGAAUAAUAUCGAGAGCCAGGAUUGUUUUGAACCAUGCACCUAAAAGGGCGAAAUGGUUUAAAAUGCUGUACAGUGAUUUCACAGCUUUUACAAAGGACCAAGAAAGUUUGAUAUCAAUGGACAAUGACACUGGAAUUGACUACGUAGAAGGUCAACUAUUGAUGUCAAACGGCAUCGUCGACACUUCCUUUUUCCCACCGUCUGAUCAAUCUAAAGUCGCUGAUUUAGUGAAAAACCAUAGUAUCAUCUAUGUUCUCGAAGUAGCCAAGUAUUAUGAUGAUCCCACUGUUCCCACCACUGGCCAGGUGAUUGACAAGUUAACUAAAACCCUAAGUUACCUGCCCGGGUUUAUAUCAAUGCACGACGUGCUCUACUUUGAUUUCCUGAACCGUGUACAAGUUGAAGAAGAUAAACUCAGAUCUCUGGCUUUAUGGGAAGUUCCUCAUCCAUGGCUUAACCUCUAUGUCCCUAAAACUCAGAUACUAGAUUUCCAUAACGGUGUUGUAAAAGACAUUCUUCUCAAGCAGAACUCGACUUCUGGCGUUGCUCUCUUCUAUCCCACCAACCGGAAUAAAUGGGACAAUGGUAUGUCGGCGAUGAUACCAGAUGAAGAUGUUUUCUAUGUCGUGGGACUACUACAGGCAGCUAGCUCACAAAAUGUGCAAGAAGUGGAGAGUGUAAACGAGGCGAUCAUUAGGUUUUGCAAGGACUCGGGUAUUAAGAUUAAGCAGUAUCUAAUGCAUUUCACCAGAAAAGAAGAUUGGGUUGAACAUUUUGGAUCUAAAUGGGGUGCUUUUUCGAAGAGGAAAGAUCUGUUUGAUCCUAAGAAACUAUUAUCUCCAGGGCAAGAUAUUUUUUGAUUCACUUAACUUAGAUAUGUAACCAGAAUAAGUAACGAAAAUAAGAUUUAUUAAUAGUAGAUCGAGACUACAGCCAAACAUGUCUAACCGGGAAAAUAUGUUUGGUUGUUGUCU